AGCGCCUCCGGGAGCGGGGCGGCCAUGCCGUACGCCAACCAGCCCACGGUGCGCAUCACCGAGCUGACGGACGAGAACGUCAAGUUCAUCAUUGAGAACACCGACCUGGCGGUGGCGAAUUCCAUCCGAAGAGUGUUCAUCGCAGAAGUGCCCAUCAUAGCCAUCGACUGGGUUCAGAUAGAUGCCAACUCCUCCGUGCUCCAUGAUGAAUUCAUUGCACACAGGCUGGGUCUCAUCCCGCUCACCAGCGAUGACAUCGUGGAUAAGAUGCAGUACUCCAGAGACUGCACUUGUGAUGAGUUCUGCCCAGAGUGCUCUGUGGAGUUCACCCUGGACGUGAGGUGCAACGAGGACCAGACUCGGCACGUCACCUCCCGCGACCUCAUCUCCAACAACCCCCGAGUCAUUCCGGUGACAUCUCGGAGCAGGGACAACGACCCCAACGACUACGUGGAGCAGGAUGACAUCCUGAUCGUGAAGCUGAGGAAGGGGCAGGAGCUGAGGCUCAGAGCCUAUGCCAAGAAGGGCUUUGGCAAGGAGCAUGCCAAGUGGAACCCCACGGCCGGAGUGGCCUUCGAGUACGACCCUGACAACGCGCUGAGGCACACCGUGUACCCCAAGCCAGAGGAGUGGCCCAAGAGUGAGUACUCAGAGAUCGACGAGGAGGAUGCUCAGGCUCCCUACGACCCCAAUGGGAAGCCAGAGAGGUUUUACUACAACGUGGAGUCCUGCGGCUCCCUGCGCCCGGAGACCAUCGUCCUCUCCGCCCUCUCCGGCCUCAAGAAGAAGCUGAGCGACCUCCAGACCCAGCUGAGCCAUGAGAUUCAGAGUGAUGUCCUCACCAUAAACUGAGGUGGCCUCCUGUGAGACACUGCUGAGGUGGGAGUGGUGGAGAAGCCCCGGAGUGCCUCCCCCACCUCCCUCUGCCUCGCCCCAGCCAGGCUGCUGCCCAGGGCAAGCCUUCGUGAUGUGGGGGGUGGAGCAGGGAGGGAAUUGGUGAACAUCUUCUGGGCUUUGUCUCUGAGUGAUCCCAGAGUUUUGGAUUCUGGCCACGUGGCCUUUGGGGGUGUGGGGAGUGUGUUCCUCAGUUAACACAACCCCACCUGAUUUGCAUGGCUGAAUAAAACCUU